AUGGUAUCAAACCUUAGUAAAACCGAAAAUAAAUCAAAUAUGGAGUUAACUUUUGACGAAGAUAAUAAGAUAAAUAUGUUGCCAGGUUCAUUUUCGGAUAACUGUCAAUAUAUUAACGUCGCAACGCACGAACCAACUACAAUGAUGAAAUCAGAGGUUGUCAAUGACGCUACCCUUUUUGAUGAGUGGUUGACUGAUGAUCUUGAAAAGUUCCAGGAAGAAAAUAUCAUAUUUGAGACUCCUCCUUUGAGUUACGACGUAUCACCAAUUAUGAGUUCUUCUAUGGCAACCCCUCAAGAAAUAAUUGAAUCGCCCUUAUUCAAACAAGUCCCUUCAUCUUUCUCUACCAGUCCUCAUCUUGAUUCAACCCUUGGCUUUUUCCCUGACCUUAGUGACGAAAACGAUAACACCAAAUCUUUAAUGCAAUUAAAUAAUAUUGCUCCAUCUGUUACAAUCCCAGCUGAUGAUUCUUCUCUUUACAUUCCUUGGGGAUCUGAUGCUAACAACGUUUCCGAUAUUGAUGUUAGAAACAUAGCUGUAUUGAUUGGCACACCAAGUCUUCAAUCAGUUGACUUUAAUAAUGUUAUCGAUGGAACUAUCGAUCCCCCUGCAGUAACUGCUCCAACCAAAACUACAACCGUUGUUAGUAGAAGUCGAAAACGAUCAUCAUCUGAAUUUGAAAAAGGUCCGGAAGUUCAUUCCGAAGAAUUGGCUAUCAAACGAGCCAAAAACACUGAUGCCGCUCGCAGAAGUCGUCUUCGUAAAGUAAAGAAGAUGGAAUCCCUUGAAAAGCAAGUUUCGGAAUUUAAAACCGAGAAUAACGAACUACAAACUCGCAUCGCAGUAUUGGAAAGUGAAAAGAAAGGAUUGGAAGAGAAAAAUGGCGAGAAGGAUAGCAGGAUCCGAAUGUUAGAACAACAACUAGCUGAAGCUCAUGAAAGAUUAAUUAAUAGAUCUUAG